CUGUUUAUAAGGAGGGAGCUAUCAUUGCGAGAAAACAUUCAAAAAGAAACCCCCAGCAAUAUGAGAAUAAUAACUCUAUGUCUUUUGGUGCUUGCAUCGGCCAGCUGUCUGCUCGGCAAUGUACAGUCAAGUGCUCCCCAGUCCGUUGGCUUCGAGGAGGUGCAACCUUUUGGCUUUGGGGAUAUCCUGAAGACGAUUUUGACCACGGUGCGUGGUGUGAACUGUACCAUGAAACAGGUCAUUGAAGUAAUGGCUGCAACGACCAGAUAUAUUGAUGCUAUUGAUGCCUGCGGCACUGCUGUGCCCAAGGAUAUUGCCAAAAUAAUUAAAAGCUGCCUCAACAUUUACGAUAUCUGUAACGAUAUCAUUCAUCUGAACAGUACGAUCUGCGCUCAUGAGGAAGGCGCAAAGAUGACCGGCCUCAAGUGCACCGGAGAACUGUUUUUGGCUAUAAUGAAACUGACACGCAAUAUCAACGUCGCUUUGAAACUGAUGGCCAAGCUGCCCUUCGAUACGGAAGAAUGCUUUGUUGAUGCCACCAGGGUGGUGGAGGCCAGUUACAAAGACUUCAUGCCUAAUGUUCAGCUCUGUGUCCAUGACAUGUAAAUUCCGUCAAAGUAUGAAUAAAAUUAAAAGUUUUUAAAAGCAAUUUCAA